CGCGAACGGCGGCGCGCGUGGGCGGUUCCCGCCCGCUGAUUGGCCGGCGGGCACGUCUCCUGCGGCGCGCACUGACCUUGCCCGCGGAGCCGCAGCCAUGGUGGCGUACUGGCGACAGGCCGGGCUCAGCUACAUCCGCUACUCGCAGAUCUGCGCCCAGGCCGUGCGGGCCGCCAUGAAGCCGCAGUACAAAGCGGAGGCGGAGAGGGCAGCGGUGGCCACGGUGAAAACGGUGAAACCCAAAAAGGAGUGAAAUGAGCUGAUCUGUGGUGAAUAACAGCAAACUGAAAGCUGUAGGCAAGCUCAAGACUGCAGUGUAAUGUCAUCACAUGAACUGUAGAACUUGCCUGUGUAUGUAAAUUGACAUGCUAAUAAAUGUAAUUUCUGAAUGUGUGGAAAGUGUAGUUCCUCUUGAAACAAAGUUUCUGUUCUGCAGAGACGUUUACUUUUCAGUUCUGGUAAAAUAAAAGGCUGCUUUUAGCACA